AUGGUUGUGGUCGGGUCGGUUGGUUGCUGGGGCGAACUGGGCGUCGAGUGGCAGCACAAGUCGGAUGUACCGUUGGCGAGGCAACGGCAGAGCAUUUUAUACUUCUGGCCUGCCGACGCCGAGUUCGGACCACCGCCGAGCAGCGCCGACGUGGGCGACUGUUUCGUCUGCUCAGCUCGGUCGGAGACAGACUUUAGGACGCAUGUGUCCCACGGCCCGUGGAGACGCGAUGAGAGAGAGAGAGAGAGAGAGCAGCUGAGCGGCCAUAAAGUACCGACGGUCGGGCAGCAGGCGCUGUCCGAGCGGGUGCAUUAUCCGAAAACCGAGCCAAAGAAGACCCCUCCCCACGGACAGUUUGGCCGAUGCGCGCACAUUCAGCUUGACCCGUCUCGGCAGACGCGACACGAAACCGGCCAGAAGCGAAAGUCGACCCGUCGCCACGGCAGCACAACACGUUGCCGAGGCAAAGUUGACUUUAGAGACAGUCUUCCGAUUCUAAUCGUUCAGCUCAUCUCCAUUUCGGAUAUUCUCAAUCGGCUUUUCUACAACAUCCAGUUUCCAUCUGGGCUGGACUAG